CACAGCUUUGGUAGGAGGAGUUUAAAGCUUAAGUGCUUCAGGUCUUUCAGACAGUAAGCAUCUAUUUUUUCAGUAAACUUUCCUUUCUCUGAGCACUGCCAGUAUUUGCGGAAAUGGAGGGUUCGAACUCAACAGAAAGAUUUGUGAGAGCUCCAACCAAAAUGGAUUUAGACAAGCUAAAGCUAGACCUUAAAGAACACGGACAAGAGCAUCUAUUGAAAUAUUGGGAUGAAUUAGACGAAGAACAGCAAGCUAGAUUUUACGAUGAUAUUCGCAGUAUUGACUUAGGAAAGACGAACCGGUCUUUUGCAACAACCUUACAAGAAGCUGAAAACCACAAAGGCGAAAAGAAGGACGAGCGAAUCAAACCAAUGCCACCAGAGCAGAUAGGAAGUGUCCCAAGAGCUGGUAGUUCUCUCAAAGUGUGGGAAGACCGCGGUCUUCAUGAGAUUUCCCAAGGAAAAGUGGCUGUUUUGUUGCUUGCGGGAGGUCAGGGAACACGGCUCGGCGUUUCCUAUCCUAAAGGAAUGUACAACGUAGGACUUCCUUCAGGAAAAACAUUAUAUCAACUGCAGGCAGAACGCAUAUGUAGACUUCAAGAACUGGCUUUCCAAAAAAGUGGAAAACGAUGUAUAAUUCCCUGGUAUUGCAUGACGAGUGAGGCCACCAAAGAAAACACUGAAAAGUUCUUCAGUGAUCACAAUUAUUUUGGACUCGAAAAGGAAAACUUUAUCCUGUUUGAGCAGAACACUAUACCGUGUUUGACGUUUGAAGGAAAAAUUAUUCUAGAUAGUCCAGGAAAGAUUGCCAGAGCACCAGACGGUAAUGGUGGACUCUAUGCAGCCUUAUCUGCGCAUAAGAUCAUAGAGGAUAUGAAGAAGAGAGGCGUGGAGUACAUACAUGUUUACUGUGUUGAUAAUAUUCUGGUGAAGUUGGCUGACCCUGUGUUUGUUGGGUUUUGUGCAGAAAGGUCAGCAGAAUGUGGUGCAAAGGUUUGUGAGAAGAAUUCUCCUACAGAAGCUGUUGGUGUUGUCUGCAUCUGUGAUGGGAAAUACGAGGUUGUUGAAUACAGCGAGAUAUCGCUGGAUGUUGCAGAAAGACGUGAUCCUAACGGCAAGCUGACAUUCAGAGAAGGAAGCAUAGCCAAUCAUUUCUUUACAGUGAAUUUUUUAGAGAGAUUUUGCAGAGAUCAUGAAGAUGAACUUCCAUUCCAUAUAGCACAGAAAAAAAUACCCCAUGUGGAUGAGAAUGGAGAAAGAGUAAAACCAACCACACCAAAUGGCAUAAAACUGGAAAAGUUUGUUUUUGAUGUUUUUCAAUUCACCGAAAAAUUUGCAGUGUUAGAAGUAACAAGAGAGGACGAGUUCUCACCUCUAAAGAAUGCUGGUGAAGGCAAAGACAGCCCUGUCUCCGCUAGACAAGCAUUACUUAACUUCCACUAUAGACAAGUCAUUGAUGCAGGUGGAAAAUUCCAGGACAGUAAUGGAACAAUUCUUUCCUCAACAAAUGAAACAAAUUCAAUAGUUUGUGAGGUGUCUCCAUUAUUGUCUUACAAGGGAGAGGGUCUUGAAGAUGUUGUCAAAGGAAAAACAUUCAUGGCAUCAGAAGAAAUUCACCUCAAAUCACCCGAAGAAGAGGAAAAUGGCGAACCACAAACCAAGAAAAUUAAAGGAGAUUAGAUCUCUAUAAAUUGCAAUAUUGUGAUUCAAAAUCUACAAUGAAUAUAUCCUUGGCCAAGUUGUUAAAACCCCAUAAUAAGCAUGACCCAGGAUUGAUUCCAUAGCUUUUUUAAGAGUUAAAGGUAGAGCAUUAAAGAUUUAGCUUUGUGGCAAA